AUGUAUUUCUGCUGGGUCCUCAAUUACUGCGGAUUUUUUAAUUGCUCAGCCGAUAAACAAGAAAAUAUUAAAGUAUUGAAUCAAGCAAUUGAUUUAGGAUGUACAUUUUGGGAUUCUGCUGAUAUUUGUGAUAAUGGAGCUAAUGAAAUUCUCCUUUUAAAAGUUCUUAAAGAUCGUCAUAAUGAAUUGUUUCUUUGUACAAAUUUUGGCAUCGUUCGAGGUCCAAAUGGCGAAUUUAGUGUAUCAGAUACUAUUUGCGCUCUAGCAGAACUUGUUAAAGAAGGAAAAAUUAAAUAUAUUAGUCUUUCUGAAUGUUCUGCAGAAACUCUUCAACGUGCUUAUAAAGUUCAUCCUAUUGUCGCAGUUCAAACACUUGAUAUUGAAAUAAGUGGAAUUAUGGAAGCUUUUCGUGAUUUAGGUGUCACUAUAGGAAGAUAUAAGUCUAUCGAUGAUUUUAAAUCAGAUGAUUUUAGAAGAUUGAUUCCACAUUUUCAAGGUGAAAAUUUCAAUAAAAAUUUGGAAAUUAAAGGCGUAACUCCAGGACAACUUUGUUUAUCUUGGAUUCUAGCUCAGGGAGAUAAUAUGAUUGUUAUUCCUGGUACAAGAAAAAUUAAACAUUUUGAAGGAAAUGUUGAAGCAGUAAAAGUUAAACUUAGUUCUGAAGAAUUGGCUGAAAUAAGGCAAAUUAUUAAUUCUAUUGAAAUUAUUGGGUUAUAG